UUCGCACCCCCGGGUCGUGGCGGGGACCGUGGGUGUCAAAGCCAUGAUUCCUCCGGGGGAAUGCCUGUAUGCUGGGAGGAAAAGGAGGAAACCCAUUCAAAAACAAAGGCCUGCAGUUGGGAAUGAAAAAUCAAAUCCUUCAAAGAGACACAGAGACCGUCUGAAUGCGGAACUGGACCACCUGGCCAGCCUCCUUCCUUUCCCACCUGACAUCGUAUCAAAGCUGGACAAACUUUCCGUCUUGCGCCUUAGUGUCAGCUAUCUCCGAGUCAAAAGUUUCUUUCAAGCCAUUCAAGAAAAGCACUUUAAGAAGCAAGUUGGCCAAACGAUAAAAGAAGACAAUAUAUCUAACAAGACUGCUGUACAAGAAGGUGGACUUCUACUAGAAUCACUGAAUGGUUUUGCCUUGGUGGUGAGUGCAGAUGGAAUGAUAUUCUAUGCAUCAUCAACAAUUGUGGACUAUCUAGGGUUUCAUCAGACUGAUGUAAUGCACCAAAACAUAUAUGAUUACAUUCACGUGGAUGACCGCCAGGAUUUUUGUAGACAACUGCACUGGGCCAUGAAUCCUCCCCAGAUGUUGUCAGGACAGCAACUACAGUCAGAAACAGGAGAAGAAUAUAUUCUCAGUAAAUUGUUCAAAGCACAAGAGAAUGACAGCAUGACAACAGAUUAUUCUUCCUUUUUAACUCGCUGUUUCAUCUGUCGAGUUCGCUGCUUGUUGGACAGUACUUCUGGAUUCCUUACAAUGCAGUUCCAAGGCAAACUAAAGUUCCUCUUUGGACAAAGGAAGAAGUCCUCAUCAGGAACAGUAUUGCCACCUCAGCUGUCUUUAUUCUGCAUAGUGGUACCACUUCUGCUCCCUUCUGUGACAGAGAUGAAGAUGAAAAGCCUGCUUGUGAGAGCAAAACACAAAGCUGAUGAUGCAGCAGCAGCGAACACAAACUCCAGUUCAAAAGGCAGUUCAGGACUUUGUGAAGCAACAGAAUUAUAUGGAAGAAACAAUCACCAUGAAGGUGCUGCCUUCACUAAUGCAUUACAGAUUGCUGAAAACCAAAUCAAAGCAAAGAAUAAUGGAGAAAAUGGCAUUUCUCUAGUCAAAGUACAAACAAAUGAAGAUCACUGGGUCUGGCUUCAAGCUAACACUCAACUUCUGUAUCGAAGUGGUUGUUCAGAAUAUGUCCUUGCCCAACAGCAAAUGUUAAAGGAAGAAGAUGAACAAUUGAAGAUACUAAGUGGUUUUGCCAGUUUGAAAGGAAACCUGGAGGGGCUUUCCUAUAAUAGUGCCAUUGAAACUCUGGGCCAGUGGAAGCAUCUUAACUGGGCAGCAGUGAAGAAUGAACAAGAUAACGUAAAAGUGAAGUUUGAGCCUCAUACUAAUGGUGAGUGUUUUAUGCAAGAGGAACCUCUCAGCUCUAAUACAUCAGUUUUAGGCAUACAAAACAACUGCACCACAAACAGUAGCUGGACUUUAAGAAACUCCAGUUCUUGUUCUGUGAGCCAGAGAAUGAACACGUGUCCAAACAGGAGAGCUGGAUCACUCUACAACAGAGACCAAAAUUUUUUAAAUUUGGCAUCAACUUGUCCUUCCCACUGGGGAAGCGCAGAAAACGGCCAGCCUUACUCGGGGCUCCAACAGCGCUGUGCAGAGAGCUAUGUGACAGACCAUGUGAAGCUGCAGAGACCAUUAAUAUCCUCAGAGUCUCUCUAUGACACAGCUGUUCCCUUGGAGAUGCCUAUCAAAACGGAAUAUGACUCUGAUUCUGAAAACAUUGCUGAUAACUACGUGCUUUCGCAGAGCCGAGCCUGGCUGGAUGAGAGCGGCUCGGUGAGAAAGCAGGCGUCCAGCUAUCCCAACAGAAUGCACCUCAAAACGGAGCCGGACCUCUGCGAGCCAGCCUUGCCAUGCCAGAAGCCAAGGCACUGCCUUUACACACCCCAUAAUUGGCAGUGCAUCAUAGCAAAUCAUCCCAACAACCUGACCUUGAACAGAGCUUGCAAGGCUUCACGGAACAAGGAGGUGUCCCCCUUUUGCCCUCAGAACUCCUCUGUGUGUUUGGAAAGCAUGCCCGACCUGCCACACACAGCUUGCUACAGCCACUUCUACAGCCCCAGCCCAGGGGAGGAGAAAGAGCCGAUUAAUGAGGUGUUUAAAAUGCCGUGUGAAUUUAGAAACCCCUGCUUGGUUCAAGCAAUCAAGCGUGAGCCCCUGGAUUCUCCACCGUUGUCCAGCAGCGGACAGAACAGAGUACACACAAGCUUCCCUGAAAAUACAUUAGCAGGUCCUGUGCCUCAUAAAACCGCUGAAUGUACAUUUUUGCAAUAGAUUUUAUAACAUUUGAAAUAUUUAUAAUGUUAAAAGCAAGAAGUUGUAGAUUCUCUUCCAACUGAGUUAAAUUACUUACUAAAAUCAAAAGCCAGUGGAAAGAUUUUGAGAAUGUGUGUGUGUGCGUGCACCUGUGUGUGAAAAGAAACAGACACAGGUACACACAGCCUACCCCCUGCUACUGCCCUUCUUUUAGUGAUCUUGGGAAAGAUGAAAGAAAGAUAAAACCUCAGGCACAGAAAAAUAGUCAUUACUUGCUGCACAAGUAUACCUGAUAAUUUUUCAUUAUCACCUUUCCUCCCUUGUCUACAGUUCAUUAGCAAAGUCUAACAAUUUCUGUUUCCUUUGUUCUGUUUGUUUUUCUCAAGCUGAUGUGAUGCCUCUGUGCAAAUCAAAAAUGUUUAUGGUCUUCAGUGUGAUCAGUUUACCAUAAGAGUUUUUGCUUUAUAAUUGUUUUUCACUCUUAUAAGAAGGAUCAGCUAUUCCUUCAUCCCAGCAUUAAAUUAAUGGCAAUAGGAAAGGGCUUCCCAACACAACUUCCUAAUUUAAAAGGACCACAUAAGUAAAAACAACGACUUACAUAAAUGAGUUAGAAAUUGUUUCACUUCAAACUGAAGUUACUCCUAAGUUUCUUGAUAAUAUUAUUGUUUUAGAAUCCAUAUUUUUCCAUUUCAUUGCCAUCAGCCUUUCAUGUUGCUGCUGAAAGACUGAACAGUGGGAUGUAAUCUACUUCUAUAAAUGAGUUACAAAAUGCUGUUAAGUAUAUGUGAUAAGUAUUAAGUAUUUCUCCUAUUAUUUUCCUUGCUGUUACUUGUAACAUCAACAAAGGAAAUGCACUUUUUUACUUUAUAGUAUUUUUUGACUGGUAGCAGCUUGUUAGAUAUUGUCACCCUACAUCAAAACUAAA